AUGGAAUCAACACAGAAUGCCCAAGAACAGAGCAACCCCAGCACUGAAAAGCCGGACAGCAACGUUCUCAUAUACAUCCUCCGGCGAGAUCUUCGUGUGGCAGACAAUCGUAUCCUCCACGAAGUUUCCACAAACCCUACGAAAUACAACUUUACCCAUAUGCUUCCACUCUAUGUCUUUGCGGCUAAUCAGAUAGAGGUUUCUGGCUUCAUUCCUAGAUCGUCAAAUACGACUAGUCCGUAUCCAGAAGCAAAGAGCAAGAUUGUCGGCUACUGGAGGUGUGGACCUCACCGUGCCAGGUUCAUUUCCGAAUGCCUUGCAGACGUGAAGCAGUCCCUGGAGUCUUUGGGAAGCGGGCUCUCGAUCCGAGUUGGCAUGUUGCCCGAGGUCGUCGAGCGGAUGAUUGCCGGUUUGACUGCAGAGGGACAUCGUGUUUCUGCCGUAUGGAUGGCCGAAGAGGACGGUUCCGAAGAAGAAGCAGACGAGAACGAGAUCGGGACCAUGUGUGAGGAGCUUGGUAUACACUACUACCUCUGGCCAAACGAGAAGCACUUCAUUGCCGAGUAUGUCCCUUCCAUUCCUGUGCCAUUUACCAUCUCUGGAGUGUAUACUGACAAGCCCAGUAACCAUGCCAUUGUCCCCUCACUCGAUGAGCUUCCAGACACAUACACUCAGUAUCAGAAAAAGUGUGAACCACUACGUCAACGGCCCGCCGAGCCCCUUCCGGUUCCACGGGCAUCAACACUACCGACAUAUCUCCCAGCCCCAACUCAGAGCUUGCCAUUUGUCAUCCCCGACGACAAGGAUGGCAUCGAGGCUGCCCUGAUUGCUCCGCUGCUCAGGCGUGACUGCGACAACAGGUUUCUGUACGAGGUGAAAAUAUGCAAAAAGGUCCCUUGGGCAACCAUACUCGAAGGAGGUGAAACAGAGGCCAACAAACGCCUCCGUGACUUGUUUUUGCCCGAAAAUGCCGGUCUCGUUGCUGGUUAUGCCGAGAAAAAAGACGGGCUGCUCGGCCGCCAGUUCAGCUCCAGGCUCUCCGGGUAUCUCUCUCAAGGCUGUCUGACGGCACGUUUGGUCCACCAAGCACUGGUGCAGUACGAGGAUGGGUCAAACGACGCCAUGGCCGCAGCCGAAGGCUUUGGCGGCGGCGAGAACGAAGGAAGUCAUGCACUGCGGAAAGAACUGCUCUGGCGAGACUUUAUGCGGCUCAACGGACACCGGUUCAAGGACGUGAUAGAUCACCAGGAAGGAUUCCGCGGCAAGCUAGGCCGUGACAUAGUUUACAAACGAGAGACGUCUGCCGAUUCCGAGGAGGAAGAAGAGGAGCCCGAACUCCCAGAAAAACCAACGAUGCAAAAAUUCACCUGGUUUUCACCACGGGCCGACAUGGCAGACUGGGACCAGGAACAAAGUCCUGAACAAACCGCAAAUUACCUGCGCCGGUGGCAGCUUGGCACGACGGGCUUGUCGCUGAUCGACGCGUCACAGCGAGAGCUCAUGUACACAGGAUUCACUUCGAACCGGGCACGGAUGGUCGUGUCGAACUUCUUCGCCAAGAGGAUGCAAAUCGACUGGCGCUGUGGUGCGGAGUGGUACGAAAUGAUGCUGAUGGACUACGAUGUGUAUUCCAACUGGGGCAACUGGCAGUAUGCGGCCGGAGUGGGCAAUGACCCUCGUGGCAUAGAGCGGGAUCUCAAUCCUGUCAAACAGGCCUUCGAUUAUGAUCCGAAAGGACUGUACGUGCGUGCCUGGCUGCCGGAGGUGGCCAGGCUGAAAGAGCUCAGACACCUGUUCCAGCCAUCGGCGGCGCCGCCAAGCGCUGUGACUUCAGCAAACUUGGCAGGAAGUUCUUUGGUCUUGGACCCUGUUGUUGCUGUGGCCUACACAGUUCCCAAAAACCCCAAAGUCCAAACAGAAAAGAAGACCGGCCCAGGCUCUGGCAGACGGUCCCGUGGGGCUGCCGGAAAAACAAACCAGGCAUCUCAGACACGCCAGGAACGCCCGGAACGACAGGAACGCCCGGAACGACAGGAACGACAGGGACGACAGGAACGACAGGAACGACAGGACCGACAGGAACCGGAAACUUAUUCAAACCGAAAUAGCCCCAACAGGAAGUCGCACGUUUAUCACAGGGAACAACGUUACCCACAAAGAAACAUGUCGAUCGCUCAAAACAUGCCGAUGCAUCAGAAUCCAGCCGUCUAUCAGAAUUAUCAGAGCUCGGUGGUGUAUCAGAAUAUGCCGAUUUAUCAUUACCCGGUGGCUUAUAACAUGGCGAACUAUCAAAAUCAAAAUACCGCUAUGUAUCCUACCUGGGUCCAUCCGAACAUGAUCCCUCCGGAUAUGUAUCAACAGGCCAUACCGAACCAUCCGAUUGGUGCCGCACAUCAAUAUAAUGGAUCUACACAGCCUGUCGGCGAACAAGCAAACGGCCAUUGGCCGACUGGUGAAGCUUACGGGCUUAACCAGGAACUUGCGAGACUCCAACUGUCAGAACGUUUACCGGAACAAGUGAAUGCGCAACUCUGGCAAAAGCUACAGGAAUCACAGGAAUCACGGGAAGUACAGGAAGCACAGGAAACACAGGAAACACAGGGAACGCCCGGAUCCCAAGACGCUUUGGAGACUUCACCCGAGCAAGCCCCGGCUCCCCGGAUUGCAAGGUGCGUACAAUAG